AUGCAUUCUGAAGAGGUCCUAAUCCGACGAAACGGCUCAACGAGUCAUGGCGACCAUCCAAUAACCUGUCAAGCCAAAACCUAUCGACAGAUAAAGAAGAAAGAUGGGAGUACUUUAAUGAAAACGGAACUUGACGACCUGGAGUCCAUGAACAAUUACAACAUGGAUGAGGACAGUUCUUAUGCCCUGGUUAUCAAGCGUUAUCUUGCAGACGAUGACAAACCAGAAUCGGUCAGCCUUCGGAUCAACUCUUCUCUUCUUUUGACAGCAUUCAAGGAAGUGGUCAAAUCAUACCCAACAGUCGCAGCAGACUUCACGACUCCAUUCGAACUGAAAAGUCCUUUCCAAGUACUCCUGCACUAUUGGGAGCAACUAGACACUUAUCGCAAAGAGACUGAAUCGCCCCAAAUGCGCCAACACCUUAACCUCCUCUUUCAGUUUAUGAAAUUGGAAAUGGGCUCUGAGAAGGAUACUUGUGAUAGUAUGCUCCGGAAACAGAUGAUCAUGUAUAAACAAGCAUGGGUUGUGUAUCCUCCAGGGGAACUGCUGUACACCGAGGUCCUCGGACAACCUUGGCUGUUGCGUGUUGAGAAAGUUGCCUACGAGAGGAGCGCAAGUGAUGGGCCGUUCAUGGUCGUAUAUGCGAAGUAUUGUGACGCAGACGAAAACAAAGUUGGGGAGGCGAAUACGUCCUUUCGCAUUCUGCAGAGAGUGUGCUUCGCUUCGGAUCAUCCGGUUAAGAUCCAAACGCUACCAGUGUAUCCACUGAGAUUCUCAGACCAGAAGGAGGACCUAAAAGAAAAGCUCAUUCUUCGAGGCAAGAAAGCUAUUGGGAAUCAGGGAAUUGUGGCAAAGGAUUAUGAUGGACUCGCCGACUACUUGAAAGAACCCCCCGAUGCCUUUUGGCACCCAGAAAUGGCAGAGUUUGACGCGGUCUGGCUGCCUUUCACUGAAACUGGCCGACUUGUUUUGGACCGCAAGACAUACGAAGAAGAAAAUAGCAAUUUUGCAACCACGAUUCACGAGGUAGAAGAUCCCGAGCUUUUUCUCAUGCCACCUUUCUUAAUGGGGUACUCCAUGGACAGAAAGGACUGGUGCCGCUACCUAGUCGAUAACAUCAAAGAUAUCGCAUGGAAGGGUGACGCAUGGUCCUCUCUAAUUCUACAACCAGAACAGAAAUCCGUGCUAGAGGCUCUGGUGAUGUCACACGAGUAUCCUAGUAAUGCUAGGAAUCACCCUGAGCAGAAAGGAAAAGGCUUGGUAGUACUUCUUCACGGCAGCCCAGGUUCAGGAAAAACCAUGUCUGCGGAAGCAGCAGCAGAAAUGGCGCACAAACCGCUCUUAACAACCUCUAUGAGUGAUCUGAGCCAGACCGGGAGCCCCUGGAUGUUUGAGAGAAACCUUCAAGAUCUCCUUCAAUUUGCCACAACGUGGAAAGCUAUCGUUCUCUUUGACGAAGCAGAUGUUCUGCUCCAGAGUCGUGAAAAAGACUCCAUGAACACAACACGAAUGGCCCUAGUCGCCGUCUUUCUCAAGCAUCUUGAAUACUUCUCCGGCAUUGUCUUUCUGACUACUAAUCGCAUUGAGGCAAUUGAUGAAGCAAUGUUCUCUCGUCUCCACUUAUCCAUAAAUUUUGGUCCUCCGAAUAGCGAGACGCGUCGCCGCAUUUGGGCGCUCAACUUCAUGAAAGUCCCUGCGAAUGACACCAAGAUUAGAGAGCAGGCAGAUCGCGACGAGGCGAUUAAGGAACUCGUACGCUACAAGUUGAACGGAAGAGAGAUUUCUAAUGCUAUGAAUACUGCGAGAACGCUUGCGAGAUUUGAGGGUGCUCAAUUGGAUAUGCCUCAUAUCAAGAGGGUACUCGAGGUUGGUCAGACGUUCGAGAAGCAUGUUGGAGAAGCCGUGACGAGGGAGCCCAGUCCGGACCGUAACUAUCUUUGUGUGUAG